AUGAAGGGCUUCCGGGCGCCGGCGAAGAGGAAGCGCACAGCAGGUGCCGACGUGGUCGCGGUCGUGGCCAAUUGUGUCAAUAUACUGCUCACAAACCCAAUUUGGGUUGUUGUUACACAAAUGCAAACUCACAAAAAGGCAAACAAACAGCAAAUACCUCAGGGAUUGACUUGUGCUCUUGAUAAGCCCCUUGAAGCUACUACAGCUGAAAACGCUCCAUACAAAACAGACAAUGAAGAAAGAGUGUCUGAUCAUUGUGAAGAAAGAGGAGCCUUGGGAUCCCGGCUUCCAUCUAUGGCAAAUGCUAAAGCAAGAGUAGCUGGUGCUGGCGCCAUCUUAAGACCUGUAUCUACUGGGACGCAGGUUGUAAUCAGGAGAGCUCGCAGUGUAGCACAGGCAGCAUGGACAAGACCAGCACUACAACUGUCCUCAUGGACUUGUAUUGGGCCAAGACGGCGAAAUAAUAUAUCUACCUCAACUGUCACAUCAGAGGAAAUAAUAACAUCUACAGGCGGUGGAUCUGAAUCCACUUCAUUGUUGACUGAAACCACUACAGAAACCACAGAGACAGUUACAUCAGAAGCUGUAUCAGAAGUGGUUCAGAGUUCUGUUUCUGUGGCGGUCGAUGCUGUUGACUUGGUAGAUGACAAGGGAGAUAGCGAUGAUGACAUCGUCGAUCACCAUGGGGACGAGGACAGGAUGACUGAUGUGGAGCUGUGGCAGCAACUUGAAAGUGAGUUGUACCGGAAGAGGGAGGGAGAAGAAGAUGACAUAGCCAAAGAGAUGGCUGAAAGUACAAUUGCUGAGGAGGUGGGUGGCGUGGCUGGAGAUGUGCUCAGCGAGACAAAGGAAGUGCAUAGGUUCUACCCUCCUGGAAAAAUCAUGCACAUAUUAUUCUCCAGCAGUGAAGAAGCAGUUCGUGGAGAGGAGCCUAAUGAUGAUGUUACGGAUGGGGAGGCACAAAGCAGCCUAGGGAUCUUCUUGACGCCAAGAUCUCUGUACGACAAGCUGAGGCUUUCGAAAAUGAUGAUCAAUGACCAUUACAUGCCUAUAUACAGAAGAAACAUCGAGCAGCUGAUCGCGAAGCUUGAGAAGGAUUCCUCGGAUCAAAUAGGGUGCGUCAGGUCUAGUUGACCGUUGUAAGAGCUGCUCAAAUAGGGUGCUAUAGGUCCGACAUGUGUAUACUUGCUUAAGUUUACUGCUGCUUCCCUUCUGGCUGUGUCCACAUGAGAUGACUAACCUAUAGAGGGUGGAUAGGGAUUGGGAGGCAGAUCCUUCAUGUUGCACGAGAAGCGUAGAACACCCCUUUUCACUGUACAAACUAGAUAUAAUAAGAAAAUCAUCAUGGAGAUUAUGAUUCA